AGAAGAGACAAAGGCCUAAAAAGGAAUGAGUCAACGGCCCAUUUGACCAGCGGGUAAUGAGUAAAUGAUUAUCCCCUUCUCUCUCUUCCCUCUAAAACAUUUUGAUAUUCUUCGAAAGCAGAUCACAUUUUUUUGUUUAGGGUUCUUCGCCGAACCACUUUCGCUACUUGCUGGAUCUCUGAAGGUGUAAAAGCGCCAUGGAGAAUGGGAAAAGAGACAGAGAAGACAUGGAAGUGAACGACAUACCGAGGAAGCCUCGUGUGUUACUCGCUGCUAGUGGAAGUGUUGCUGCUAUCAAAUUCGGCAAUCUCUGUCACUGUUUCACCGAGUGGGCAGAAGUGAGAGCCGUCGUUUCCAAAUCAUCUCUGCAUUUUCUCGAUAAACUUUCCCUCCCCCAAGAAGUUACUCUGUACACUGAUGAAGAUGAAUGGUCAAGCUGGAGCAAGAUCGGUGAUCCAGUCCUUCACAUCGAGCUUAGACGUUGGGCUGAUGUUUUGGUUAUUGCUCCUUUGUCUGCUAACACUUUAGGCAAGAUUGCUGGUGGGCUCUGUGAUAAUCUUUUGACUUGCAUUAUACGAGCUUGGGACUAUAGCAAACCACUGUUUGUCGCACCAGCUAUGAAUACUUUCAUGUGGAACAAUCCUUUCACUGAAAGGCAUCUGUUGUCGCUUGAUGAACUGGGAAUCACACUUAUUCCUCCUAUCAAGAAGAGACUGGCCUGCGGAGACUACGGUAAUGGCGCUAUGGCUGAGCCCUCUCUUAUCUAUUCCACUGUCAGACUCUUCUGGGAGUCGCAGGCUCAUCAGCAAAGUGGUGGAACUAGUUAAACCAUGAUUUCCACAUGCAUUUUGUUGAUAUCCUCUGUUUUCACUAUCUUAGAUAAUAGAUUUUAUCUGUCUGUAUGCUUUUCUUGUAUAUCUUAAAAGUAGAUGUCUGGAUCUAUGUGUCUGGAGGACCUUUUGCACUCUGUUGCUGUAGAAUUAUUUAUGUUUCUUCCCUUGCUCUUAA